AUGCCCAGACAACCCAAACAAUCUCCCCGCCACAAGCCAGAUAUCCAACUCCCUACUUCCUACAACGACCUCCCUUUUACCCAAAUCCGCACUCAGCACCAUACCAAAGAUGCAUCCGUCAUCAUCCUCACACUCUACCGCCCGCAAAACCACAAUGCAUUCACCGACACAAUGCAGGCGGAGUUGGAAUCCGCAUACGCCAUGUUCGAUGUAGACGAGCGCGUGCGAUGCAUCGUUGUGACGGGCCAUGGACGGAUCUUUUGUGCGGGCGCGGAUCUGGAUGAUGGGUUUGGGGAGGGUGUGAGUGGGGAGGGGGCGGAAGCGGUGACGGAGCAUAGGGAUGGAGGCGGACGCGUUGCGCUUGCUAUACAUCACUGUCGGAAACCAAGCAUAGCUGCGAUCCAAGGUUCUGCAGUUGGCGUGGGCAUCACCAUGACGCUGCCGAUGAACAUCCGUAUUGCAGCGUCGACGGCAAAGAUAGGAUUUGUUUUUGCGCGUCGCGGACUCAUCAUGGAAGCCGCUUCUUCGUUCUAUCUGCCUAGGUUGAUUGGGCACUCGCGUGCCAUGCAGGCUAUUACCACAGGCAGCACGUAUCUGGCUACGCACAAGGUCUGGGAUGGCCUUUUUGCAGAAGUGUGCGAGAAGCCUGAGCAGGUGCUGCCGAGGGCGCUUGAGCUGGCCGAGGAGGUAGCUGCGAACACAAGUAGUGUCAGUACGUAUUUGAUGAAGGAAUUGAUGUACAGGGAUCGUGGGAGCCCCGAGGGCCAGCAUUUAUUGGAUAGCAGGAUCAUUUUUGAGUUGUUUGGGUCGCCGUAA